CUCAGUUCGUGUCUUUAUCUAAAACUUUUUGUCCUUGUUUCCCAUUUCUUUCCUCUCCCUUUAUAGCUUCUUUACUUGCAUACUAUUGAUGUCUUCUUCGUCAUCAUCAUCAUCAUCAUCAUCAUCAUCUUCUUCUUCUUCUUCUUCUGAAGAUGCCAAUGGGAAUAGUGGAAGAAGGGGUGUUGGUGAUUUCGGAGCCCCGUCUUUGACUCGUAGACGUGCCAAUAACGAAAUCUGGCCGGGCCCUUUUGUUGAAGAUCUUGUUGUCCAAGUUGCCAUUGAUGCUUCCCGUUCUUUUGGCCGCCUUGCAGUUGCUGCUGCACUUGCCAAUGUGUUUCAGGUUUGUUCCACGUGGCAAGCUGUCUCUCGCUCUGAUCCACUGUGGCACCGUCUCACAACAGUUAUAUGGGGCCGGACCCACUGUAUGCACGCCUCGUGGCGUGAGGAAUACGUUUACCGUCAUCAAACGGCUCAGAAUUUUCGUGCUGGGAGAUCAUUUUACCACACCCUCCACUUCGAUCCCGCCAGUGUGGACAACCCCGAUGGACUGACGUGCCGCUGCCUCACCUUGUCUGAUACCCACCUCGCUUGCGGCUUUGCCGAUGGUACCGUGAGGCUUUUCGACCUCUCUACCCGUCAACUGGUCGGAACCUUUUACCCGCACCACCGCGAUCGUUUAGGCCGCUUUUCACGUGCCGUAUCUGGCAUUGUGAUCACAGACCCCAGAAUAAUAUUCGCCACGUUGGAUGGAGACAUCCACGUAGCGAUCAUUGACGGAGAGCCCCUUGCUCGCACGGCCCAUUUGGGCAACGUCGUGAACGACGGUGCAUUGGUGGACUUCACCGGAUGUGGGCGAUGGUGGGUGGGGCUUUAUGCAGGCGUUCCGGGUCGGGCACUCCACGUUUGGGACGGUAACACUGAAGAGCUAGCCUACGUAAACACAAAUCUGACUGACCCAGAAGCCGUGAGGGGGUGGUACACGUUGACUGAGUUGAUUGAAACUAUUGGCCGAGUUAGGGUGACGGGUCAGGAAUCGGCGGUCGCAUGCACGAGUUUAAGGUACAUGGUUGUGGACCUGAGAAACCCGGAGUUUCCAUUACACGACCGGGAGUGGAGGAGAGGGCUUACAGUGACGUCGUUGGACACCAAUAGCGAGGCAUUCAUCAUGGUGGACAACCGUGGAUUGGCAAUCGUCCGCCGGGUAGAUACACUAGAGGAGGUGUGCAGAUUCAACACAAGGCAGGGGAACGUCAACGUCAUGGGUUGCAUGAACCUAGGGUACGCGCUAAUGUGCGCCGCGGGUGUAGUUAGGGUCUGGGAAAUAGAGCACGGUCAACACUUGUAUAGUCUGAACCAGAACGUAGAGGAAGUCAACGCCAUGGUGGCAGAUGAUCGGCACGUGGCAGCAGCGGGUAGUGACACUUGGAUACAUUUGUGGGAUUUUGGUGCACAGUAGCGAAUUUAGGGCAUAGAGGGGAUUGAAUGGUGACAGUAGAACAAAAGUUUAGGGUUCAUGGGGGGCCAGCCAUUGUACUUUGGGGUAGUGACAUCUCGAUUUUUGGCGGGGGGAGGGGGGAGGACAUGGUCUCUUGUCUCUUUCGAGGCGUGCCUUAAAUUAAAUUUGUACUUCGGUUUUAGAUAUUUAGGUGGGGGAAAGGAUGCUGCUAAGUAAAUCUAGUUUUUUAAAAUCAUUCUAGUCAAUUAAUGGAGAGAAAGAGCCAUGGAAAUCGGAUUUGUAAUUUGGAAGGGGGGGAGGGGGUUAAGUAGCCAAUUGUAGGGUCUUUCUGUUUCUGUUACUUUAUUUGGGGGUGGGUGUUUCUUUCUAAUUUUAUGUAUUCUUUCUUUUAGUAAAAGAAUGCAUUCUUUGGCGGAUCGUGCAGUUCCUUCUGUAUUAUUUUAUUAGUAUUUAACUUGGAAUUCUGAUGACUAAGGCAUUAAUUCAUCCAUGCAUACCAGGGCAUGCCAUUGAUUAUCAGAAA